AUGGCUUCUCAACUCGCUGGCGUGCCCGCCGCUACCCUCUUCUCGACAGUAUGCGUGCUGGGAGUUGUAUCUGUCCUGAGUACCGCAAUCUACAGACUCUACUUCCACCCUCUCGCCGAGUACCCAGGUCCCUUCUGGGCGCGCUUGAGUGUAUGGCCUUCUUACCUUCACACGAUCAAGCAAGACCGCCAUACAUGGCUUCUGCAGUUGCAAGAUCAGUAUGGCCCGACUUUCCGAUACCGCCCCGACUCCGUGGUUAUCAACACGCCUACGGGAUACAGAACCAUCUUCGGUCCGAAGGGCAACGUGAAGAAGACCGAGUCCUACUACCGCGUGUGGCCGCACAAUGUCAACUGGACCAACACCUGGAAUGUCACCAACGUCGAAGCACAUGCUCGCAAGAGGCGAGUGCUGAACCAAGCCUUCUCCGACCGUACCUUGCGCGGUGCUGAGCCGCAUAUCCAUUCCACCGUGGACCGAUGGUUGACCCUGAUGAAGGAGCAAAUACACAAUGGCCAGGAAUGGACCAAGUCACUCAACAUGGCUAACGAAGUCAACUAUCUGGUAUUAGACAUCCUCGGCGAUCUCUGCUUUGGCAAGUCAUUCGAUAUGAAGGAGCCUGACAGCGACAUCAAACACGUUCCGCAUCUCAUGGGGAGCUUUCUCCAGCUCAUGAACCCCAUUGCCUUCUCCCCGUUUGCCAGCUGGUGGGUGUGGGCGAAGCCCCGUGGUCUCGACUGGCUCCUGACGUUCGCCGUCCCAGAAGAUCUCAAGAAGUGGCAAGGUUUCGUCGGCAAGAAUCUCGACGACCGUGCCAAGAAGGAGAUGGCCCUCAAGGAGUCCGGCAAAGGCGAAGGCGAAGCGCCCAAGGACUUCUUCCACUACCUGUUCGACGCAAAAGACCCGGAAACCGGCGAGACCGGCUACGAUCUCCAAGAGCUCUACGGCGAAUGCGAGGUUCUUACUAUCGCCGGCUCUGAUACCACUGCCAUCAUAACCGCAGCCAUAACAUUCUAUCUUGCCACGAAUCCGAGACUCCAGGAGAAGCUCGCACGCGAAGUCACAUCGACCUUUGCCCAUUACGGAGACAUCGUGGCAGGACCGAAGCUGAACGGAUGCCAGUACCUCAAUGCUUUCAUCCGUGAGACGCUGCGCAUGACGCCGCCAGUGCCAGCCGACUUGGCGCGCGAAGUCCUGCCUGGUGGCACCACUGUCGAGGGUCACUUCUUCCCGCAAGACACCAAGGUCAGCACAUGUCUCUACUGCCUCAGCUACAGCAAAGACGUGUAUACCGAGCCCUUCAAGUUCCGCCCAGAGCGCUGGAUCGCGAACACCGACGACCCAGAGGGCGACCCAGUCGAGUCGGUGGAGCUGGCCGAGAGCGGUUUCUGCGCCUUCUCCUACGGCAGCCGCAGCUGUGUUGGCAUGACGAUGGCUUGGAUCGAGCUGAGAAUCGUACUUGCGAAGCUGAUCUGGAUGUUUGAGCUGAAGCAGGACCCGAAGAACAAGUUGGGUGGAGGGAGCCCGGAGUUGAAGCCGGGACACCGGGAUCCAGGUGUUUAUCAGAUCUACGAUGCCUUCGCUGCAAUGAGAGACGGCCCGAUGGUGCGAUUUAAGGAGAGACAUGACGACGGGUACGACCUGGGGUGGGGAUCGAACGUCUACGAAGUAAUCGAGGACACCAACGGCCCAUUCUCAACAUCGCUCAUGCGCAAGGCUGGCCUGCUAAGGGUUAGGGUUUGGAGUGGGUUAGGUUUCCAGGUGUUCAAUGCGACGAACGAUCCCAUCACGACGAAAGAGCCCACGGAGGAAUUUUUGAACAAAGCGGAGCCCGGGGCGAAGAUUACGAGGAAGAUGGGGGAGUAUGAGGCGCUGUUCAGUAAUCGGAAGAUUAGGGAGGUGCUGGGUUCCAAGGAGGAGCACAACUGGCGACAGUAUUAUAAGCCGUACUGUUCAUUUAUGAGGUAUGGAAACCUCUUCUAG